CAAAGUGAAGCAGUCCAAUAGUUCUUGGGAGGACUGUCCAUGUCGAUUCGUCUCUUCUCUACCGCCUUACUAGCUGCUUGCUUAGCAAAGGCAACUGCCCAAACUUGCCCCACUCUUAUCUGGAGUGACGAGUUUGACGGUUCCAAUCUCAACGCCGACAACUGGACUCCGCAAAUUGGUGAUGGUUGCGAUAUCUCCGUAGACCUCUGUGGUUGGGGAAAUAACGAAGCUCAGUUUUACCGUAGCCAAAAUAUUGCAGUGGCGGAUGGUUCACUCAAAAUCAACGCCUUGCGACAAACUUUCGGGGAGAAAGAGUUUACGUCCGCACGCAUCCGUUCCUUCGAGAAGUUUGACAUUGAUUUGACCCAGCCUUACGUUCGCAUCGAAGCGCGAAUCAAAGUCCCCCUUGGUCAAGGCUUAUGGGGUGCAUUCUGGAUGAUGCCUUCUCCGGAAGUGCUGUGGCCCAAAGGUGGAGAGAUUGAUAUUAUGGAGUUUAUUGGCAGAGAACCCAAUUCAGCUUAUGGAGUCAUUCACUACGGUAACUUGUUUCGAGACAAGUCUGAGUUGGGAGGUCCACUGAAAAUGCCUACCAGUCCUAGCGAAAAUUUUCAUAUUUACACAAUCGAGAAGACACCAAACCGUAUCGCCUGGUUGGUAGAUGGCUUUGAGUAUCAGUCGUAUACAAAUUCCGACAUUCAGCCCAAGUACAGCUGGCCAUUCGAGCAGACUUACCAUUUGAUACUCAAUUUGGCUGUCGGAGGAAAUUGGCCAGGAUAUCCGGAUCGCGAUCAAGCUGUGGAUGUGAUAAUGGAGGUGGAUUACGUUCGUGUCUACGAUAUGUCAGGAGGAUCUAUCGGAAGCAUCACCGGAGAGUCCCUGGUACAGAUCAAUGGAGCCGAUGGGCUCUAUUGUAUUGACGAUAGUGACGUUUUGUUCACCGAUAUUGCUUGGACAGUCCCGACAGGCUCGAGUUUUACACCCUCCUUGGAUGAUGGAAACUGCAUCAUUGUCGCCUUCGGUUCGGUCUCAGGGUAUAUUCAAGCUGUCGGCCAGACCGCUGACUGUGGUCCCCUAAGCUACAGUAUGCCAGUGGAAGUUCAGCCCCUCUACCAGAAAGAAUUCGCCGUGGUGCCAAUUGAGGAAGGCAGCACUACUAUCGGUGCUUCAACAGGAAGUCAGAGCUUCCUCCUGAUCGACGGUAUCCCAACAUUUCAAUACGAUCGGUUAGCUUCUGACUUGUACGAUAACAUCAUCAUCGGUACCUCUGAUGUCUCCGACGCCAGUCUCUAUGUGUCAGAGCAGAAGAAGUUUUACAUGGACAUAUCAUCGCCAACGGCUGCCACUUGCACUCGAGUUAUAAUUCAGUUUGAAGAUACCACCACAGCAUUACCGGACAACUAUCCAAUCGGGCGACAUAGUCGAUACGUUGGAUACCUAGACGAUUCAGAGAGCUUCCAGCGCGUCGAGUUUACAUACUAUGAUCGCCCGGACACAAGCGUGGCUGACAACGCCGUCAGUCAGCUGGCCGUUUUGAUUGAUCCAUUUCUGUUCCGCGGUGACCGAUAUCUGAUCCGCAACUUUGACAGCUCUUCUGCAGGCUGCUCCAGCAAUUGCGAACCCCUUUCGACCAAUGCCUGCCGUACAUACGCCAAGUCCGAACAAGGAAUGUGUACAGAUGGCGAAAACAACGAUCGUGAGGGAUACAAUGGCGACGAUCAAAUAGACUGUGAGGAUGCGGAUUGCUACGGACUAGACCCUGCCUGUCCUCUGAGAGAGGGACGGGCAACUGAAGUGCCUACGAUGCUGAGCCCUACAUUGGCGCCCACUGGGUUGCCCACGGGCAACGCCUCUGACCCUCCCUCAAUAGUGCCUUCGAGUGAAACUGCUUUCCCGACCGCCACUGGGACUGUUAGAGUGACUAGUCGCUCAUCGGACAUCCCGUCCUCGAAACCAAAUAUCAUGCCCAUAACCUCCGGGCCUACGAGCAGCGCUGCUCCGUCUUAUUCCAACGACGAAGCAGAGUGUGACGCGCAGCCGCGAUGCGCUGCGUUGGAUCUUGCGGGAGUGUGUUGCCCUACGAUUGACGCAGUCUAUCUUGAUUGCUGCGACAACCGGCCGAUCGAUCCAAACUCAGAAGCAGGUUUCUGCAACGACGGAAUUGACAACGACAAUGAUGGUUUGUUUGACUGCGAAGAUCCUGACUGUGCGAACGACGAGAUGUGUCGCGCCGAUUGCGUCGCCAUUGGAACUUGCGCUGGGCUUUCAGGUCAGUGCUGUCCAACGAUUGACAGCAUUUUUUUGGAUUGCUGCGAUGCAGCCGUUCUUUCGGCGGGAUACUCUGUUGAUUUUAGCCUGAUCGAUCCGGCUACAAUCGAGGAACAGGCUGCAUACUGGCUUUCGACUUCACCCUACACUGUUCCAGGUGUUGCUCCGGACGGCUCGACGCCGGUAGUGGAUUAUGCACGCGACGAAGCUACUUUGUACGAUAUGAUUUACUACCAAACAGGUUCUAUUGAAAAAGCAUCGGAAUAUGUUAUUGGUCGUCGAAAGAUAUACAUGGAUGUUUGGACGGACGCGCCUGAGUGCACUCAGAUAAUUCUUCAGUUUGAUAGCUUGCCGACCGCAGUGGCCGACAAUUAUCCAACGGGCCGCCACAGUCGAUACGUGGCAUUUACCACUAGGAGAAACGAAUGGGAACGUAUAGCAUUGGACUUUUGGGACCGCCCAGAUGGUGAUCUGGAUGACACGGUUAUCAAUACCAUUGCUCUCUUCUUCGACCCAGGCACUCUAACCUCUCACCAAUUUUACUUCCGAAACAUGGACAGUACCCUCUCAGGCUGCCGAGAGAACUGUGAGGUUGCCGCAAUAGAUGACUACUGUUUGGCUCUGAGCUCGGGGGAGAGUGGAUUCUGCGGGGAUAGUCUCGAUCAGGAUGGGGACGGACUGAUUGACUGCGUGGAUCCAGACUGCACACUGGACGAGGCCUGCUCCGCACAACUAUCCAUCAGCUAUUCAGCCUUGCAAGACAAUUCAUUCCGCACCGCUGCCUCCAGUAGUUCUGCACAAGUUAUCUUGAACGGUGGUUUGAUUGUGUCUUUUCUGGCGAUCCUCCAUACCAUAGCUUAAUCGGACGUACCUUCACGUAGAAAAAAAUAUUUUUGGUUUG